UCCACAUUUUUCAUCGUCCUUCAUCCAUCGAGAGAGAGAAUUAUAUUAUGGACGAAUACGAACGAAAAAUGUCUUGCUUGCAGUUGUUUUGGUUAGUUUUGAUGAUCAUGAUGGGUUGUUUCACUUUCAAGAUACAUGCUUCUUCCGGCACUACUAUGUUUUACGAGUCGUUUGAUCAAUCGUUUGAAGAUAGGUGGAUUGUGUCUGAAAAUGAAGACUACCAAGGUGUAUGGAACCACUCACAGAGCCAAGGUCAUGAUGAUUAUGGGCUUCUUGUUACAGAGAAGGCUAGAAAGUAUGCAAUUGUGAAGGAACUAGACAUACCCGUGAACCUAAACGAUCAAACAACCAUUCUGCAGUUUGAAACUCGUCUUCAAAACGGUCUUGAGUGUGGCGGUGCGUAUUUAAAGUAUCUGCGGCCGCAAGAAGCUGGCUGGACUCCCAAAGAAUUUGACAACACAUCUCCUUACUCAAUUAUGUUUGGCCCUGAUAAAUGUGGUGCCACCAAUAAAGUCCAUUUCAUCUUAAAUCACAAGAAUCCCAAAACUGGAAAGUAUGUUGAACACCAUCUGAAUAUGCCGCCUGUAGUCCCUUCAGACAAAAUGACCCAUGUAUACACUGCCAUAUUGAAACCUGACAGUGAGUUGAGUAUCUUGAUUGAUGGAGAAGAGAAAAAGAAAGUAAAUCUUAUGUCAAAUGAAGAUUUUCAGCCAUCAUUAAUACCUCCAGCUACCAUUCCUGAUCCAGAAGAUAAAAUGCCCAAAGAUUGGGAUGAAAGGGAAAAGAUUCCUGACAAGGAUGCCAAAAAGCCCGACGAUUGGGAUGAGGAUGCACCUAUGGAAAUUCUAGAUGAGGAGGCCGAAAAGCCUGAAGGAUGGCUAGAUGAGGAACCAGACGAAAUUGAUGAUCCAGAAGCAGAAAAGCCUGAAGAUUGGGAUGAUGAGGAGGAUGGGGAGUGGGAGGCUCCCAAGAUUGACAACCCUAAAUGUGAAACCGCACCAGGUUGUGGAGAGUGGAAGAGACCAAUGAAGAGGAACCCGAAUUACAAGGGUAAAUGGCAUGCUCCUCUUAUCGAUAAUCCUAAUUACAUGGGUAUUUGGAAGGCUCGUUUAAUACCAAACGAAGAAUACUUUGAACUUGACAAGCCUAACUUGGAGCCUGUUGCUGCCAUUGGUAUUGAGAUAUGGACAAUGCAAGAUGGCAUCUUGUUUGACAACAUUUUGAUAGCAAGCAAUGAGCAGACCGCCGCAUCAAUCAGGGAUGCGACAUGGAAGCCAAAGUUUUUGGUCGAGAAAGAGAAUCAAACAGCAGAGGAACAAGCAGCAAGUAUUGAUGGUCUCAAGGGUAUCCAGAAAUCUGUGUUUGAUGUGCUAUACAAGAUUGCUGAUCUGCCUAUCUUGAGUGGCCAUAAGAUGAAGGUUAUUGAACUUAUUGAAGAGGCGGAGAAAAAACCAAGCGUUGUAGUUGGCAUCAUAGUUUCACUUGCUAUUGUCAUCGUUAGUCCCUUGCUGAAGAUCUUGAUAGAUAGCAAGAAGAAAGUAGCAAAGGUAAAUGCGACACCAAAGAAAGAUGGAAGUAAGAUGUCAACAGCUGAGACAGGUGAGGAUGCAGGUGCUCAACGAAGAAGGAUUACAAGGCGUGACGGCUGAUCAUAUCAAGAAGAAAGAGAGACAGCGGACAGAUUAGCUUCAUGGUAGAAGGCAUUAGUUUCAGCUGAAGAGUUCAUUUAACUACAAGCUGUUUUCUUUCCCCAUUUUUGUUGAUUAUUUUUACAUAAACUAGAGGGCUUGAUCAAAAUAAGAAUUUGACAAAACUGUUGUUCUUUA